AAACUCAAUAUGACUGACGGGGUCGGGAAACGAAAGCGGUUAAGCUUGAAAAACAAGAAACCAACUCUCCAAAGUGCUAAAAUUCCGGACAACGACAGUAAUGGGAAUGUGUGUAAGAAAAGAAAGAUUGCCAGUGCCAUUACUUCCAGUAACCUGAAGAACAUCCCAGAAGAAAAUGUACAACUGGAAAUCAUUUGUCUCUCAGACGUGGAAACCGGCAAUUGUAAACAAGUCAAAUUAAGAAGCAAUGCUACUGCGGCCCGCUCAAUUCUGGACAUUCCUGAUGAACAGUUAAGAGAACUGAGAAGACAGUUACUUGCACUCAGAGGGCGGGAAUCAUACACAGCGUACAUACGACAGUUGCCAGAACUUGAACUGCCGGAAACAGAGAAAAUCAGUGGGUCAAGGGAAUCAACUGCUGUUGCUUCUUUGGCUUCCAGUGAUCAAGAGUACUCUCCCCUGCCUCAGAUGUGUUUAGCCUGCGCUCACAGGAAACCAAUUAAUCACGACUUCGACUCGGUGAUGAACACAAUACUAAAUUCAUCACACAAUGAUAACAGUUCAUCACACAAUGAUAACAGUUCAUCACACAAUGAUAACAGUUCAUCACACAAUGAUAACAGUUCAUCAGACGGCAAUUCUCCCAAGAUCUUGAAAAGAACUGAAAGCUGUCCACCAAAGCAAAGUACUUCGUCGUCAGAUUGUGAUCGAACUGGUGAAGCUGUUGUCACUUCAAAAUCUCCAGUCUUAGAUUUUGACAUCAUGUCAGAUUUUGAAGAAGAUAUUCUUAUGUCGGAUAUUGAAGAAAGGGAUAAAAUGAAAAAGUGUGGAAAAGGCAAACAAGAUGUGACAAAAACAAAUGAAGUAUUGAAACAUGGGCCAAGUUCAUCAGUGGAUGUUGACACGUCUGCACCUAUUUGUGAAGUAAAUUUACUAUCAGCUUGUCCGCUGUGUAGUAUGGAGUUUGAAAAAGGGACAUCCCAACUGGACAUCGAUGGCCACAUCGCUGCCUGCCUCUCAGCUGCUGGAGAUGAUGCCACAUGGUGACCUGGUCACUGAGUCUUCAAUUGUGAAAAUCCCAGUUAGAUUUCGACUGCAGGACCCCAUGCUUGUUGAAAGAUGGGACUGAAGGAACCGGGUGUUCAGGUUUAUUGACAAAUAUGUCGGCAGAGAGACUUCCCGUUGUCCUACAGAACGUGACAUGGUGAUAUGGUCACAGGGCCUUCUACUCAUGAAGAUACCUGUAUGUUAAUGAUGUAUAUCAGUGCUCAUUAGGAGCGAUAGGGUAGCCAAGUGCUUAAAGCGUUGAUUUGUCACGCCAAAGACCUGAGUUCGAUUCCCCACUUGGGCACAAUGUGUGAAGCCCAUUUCUGGUGUCCCAAACCGUGAUAUUGCUGAAACAUUGCUAAAAGCGGUGUAAAACCAUUCU